GUGAUUCAACCUUUGCCCUCUCUCUGCAAUUGAAAGCAUUCACAGCUUUGAGGUGGCUCCCACUGGCUGACUUGCUGUGGAGUUGUCAAGAGCAUAGAGUUAUUCUUUACACAUCAAAAGAAGAUGCUGUUUAAUUUGAGGAUCCUGUUCAACAAUGCAUCUCUUAGAAAUGGUCACAAUUUUGUGGUACGAAAUUUUCGGUGUGGACAACCACUACAAAAUGAAGUACGGCUAAAGGGUCGUGACCUUCUGACUCUAAAGGACUUUACAGGAGAAGAAAUCAAGUACAUGCUGUGGCUAUCAGCAGAUCUGAAAUUCAGAAUAAAACAGAAAGGAGAAUAUUUGCCUUUAUUGCAAGGGAAGUCCUUAGGCAUGAUUUUUGAGAAAAGAAGUACUCGAACAAGACUGUCCACAGAAACCGGUUUUGCACUUCUGGGAGGACACCCUUGUUUUCUUACUACACAAGAUAUUCAUUUGGGUGUGAAUGAAAGUCUCACGGACACAGCUCGUGUGUUAUCUAGCAUGACAGAUGCAGUGUUGGCUCGAGUGUACAAACAAUCAGAUCUGGACAUCCUGGCUAGAGAAGCAUCUAUCCCAAUUGUCAAUGGACUCUCUGAUUUGUAUCAUCCUAUCCAGAUCCUGGCUGAUUACCUCACACUCCAGGAACACUAUGGCUCUCUCAAAGGUCUUACCCUCAGCUGGAUAGGCGAUGGCAACAACAUCUUGCACUCCAUCAUGAUGAGUGCCGCGAAAUUCGGGAUGCACCUUCAGGCGGCCACUCCAAAGGGUUAUGAGCCGGAUCCUAGUAUAACCCAGUUGGCAGAGCAGUAUGCCAAGGAGAAUGGUACCAAGCUGUCACUGACGAAUGAUCCAUUGGAAGCGGCACAUGGAGGCAAUGUAUUAAUUACAGACACUUGGAUAAGCAUGGGACAAGAGGAGGAGAAGAAAAAGCGGCUCCAGGCUUUCCAAGGCUACCAGGUUACAAUGAAGACUGCCAAAGUUGCUGCCUCUGAUUGGACAUUUUUACACUGCUUGCCCAGAAAGCCAGAAGAGGUGGAUGAUGAAGUGUUUUAUUCCCCACGGUCACUAGUGUUCCCAGAGGCAGAAAACAGAAAGUGGACAAUCAUGGCUGUCAUGGUAUCCCUGCUGACAGAUUACUCACCUAAGCUCCAGAAGCCAAAGUUUUGAUUCUGUGUUGCUUGUCAAGAGAAAAUGUUCUUCAGUAACAACAGAAUGGGGGAAAAAGAAGAGAAUCUAAGAUAUAAACAAAUCCCUAAUACAUGGUGUGGGUGAACUGUAUGAUAUUGCUUUGUCAUUGUGAGACUUUCCUGAAACCCUUAAUUUAAGUGCCUAGGCACUGUAAUACCUGGCUUGACUUGGUUUAUACUCUCUAAUUCACAAUUUCUGAGUUGCAUUUGGGUAUCAUAUUAAUCAUCAUGUACAUUUGCUUCAACUAAACAUAAAAUGCCAUGUUCAUUAUGCAUAAUAUCUAAGCCAUUAAAUGUAAUCUAUGCUUAUUACUUUAAUAAAUGAUAACCCAUGCUAAUUUAUAAGUAAA